ACUMCUCAAAUCUGAAGGUGUUGUCAGUUUCAGAAAACUUUCAAGCAAAGGUGAUGGCGGCCGCGGUGUCCGUUAGCGCAGCUCCCAGAGAAGAAAAUCCAAAUGCAGGGCCCAAUUUCGCUAGCCGUACACUUCACGAAAACUAUGACCCCGCUGUCGAACACGAGAAUUGGGUAUCCAGGGAUCCCGAACUCGAGCCCAGUGAUGGGGAUGCAUCAUCGGACAACGAGUGUCAGCGAAGGGUCGAUGAAGAGUUGACGACGCUUAGCCCUGAAGAGAUUGAGAGUCGCUUGGACAGAACUCGUCGAGAGUUUUACAAUCGCCGGAAAAUCAUAAUUAAAAACCUGCCAUCCGAUGUUAGCAAUCAGGAGGUACAUGAGCUGUUGCGCAACUAUGACUUGAAGUACUGUUUUGUGGACAAAUACAAGGGAACAGCCUUCGUCACACUGCUCCAUGGGGAGCAGGCACAAUGUGCCAUCAAAGAGUUCCACCAGCACAUGWUGCGGGAGCGGGAGAUCUCUGUGCAGCUGCAGCCCACCGACMCGCUGCUGUGCAUCGCCAACCUGCCCCACGCUUUCUCCCAGCAGCAGUUUGAGGAGCUGGUGAGACCCUUCGGCAACCUGGAGCGCUGCUUCCUGGUCCACAGUGCCUCCACUGGCCACUCCAAGGGCUACGGCUUCGUGGAGUACAUGAAGAAGGACUCUGCGGCUAGGGCUAAGUCUGAGCUGCUGGGGAAGCAGCUGGGCUCCAGGAUGCUGUAUGUCCACUGGACUGAGGUGGGCUCCCUCACCUACCCCCUGRUGCACUCCAGGUGUCUCUGUGUGGACCGUCUGCCCCCCAGCCUGCUGACCGCCCAGGACCUCAGCAAUGCCCUGGCCGACACGCACGCACCCAUCUUCUGCCAGGUCAGUCACAUGCCAGAUGACAGUUUCCGGCGGUUUGCCAUGUUGGAGUUCUCCUCGGCAGAGAUGGCUGAGCAGGUGCAGCGAGAGGCUGACGGCAGGGCGCUAGGUGGACCCACAUCCGCGUUCUCCUUCUGUGCCCCUGGACCCCCGGGAAGGAGCAUGCUGGCUGCCCUCAUCGCUGCCCAGACCAUGGCCCUGAACCGAGGGAAAGGUCUCCUCCCUGAGCCCACAGCCAUGCAGAUCCUCACAGGCCUCAGUAACCCUGCCACCCUCAAGAUGCUGCUCAACCCCCUCACCCAGGGCAGGAAACAAGGUCUCCUUGGUGCUGCUCCCACCAUGCCCCUGCUGGCUAACCCCGCCCUCUCUGCUGCUCUGCUCCAGCUCCUCCUCCAGAACCAGGCCCAAGUUCAACAGGCAGGGCUGAUGGGGGACAACCUUCUGGCUGCUAUGCCUCUCCAGCAGGGAGUCCAUCUGCUGGGAGACCUGCCUCAAGGUUUGGCCUUCCAUUCAUCUCAUUUUAAAAUUCUUUAUUGGCAAGACGCGGUUGUGCCAUCCCUGGGCCUCCAGUCAGACCCUAUAAAACCUCCACUCUAUGGGUCACCCCUGGGCAGAGAGUCUCCCACCAGCUUCUCCCAACCCCCCCCCACUCUCCAGGCAUGUCAAUCCCCACUGGUGGAGUUGAUGGACAGAGGGUUUACAGCACCUGGGAUGUCCAUACUAGGACACCCUCCCAACGAUGUAAAUCUUCCCCAGAACUCCUUCAAUGUCCACAGCCUUUCCCAUCCUCACGGGGCYCUGUCCUCAGAUAAUCGCACGGACCCUCUGGCCCAURUGUAUGAACAGCAGGAGGCUCUGGACACUGGAGCUCUGGCAGGGUUCGGYCAGCAGCGGUUUGGUCACCCCGGCUACAGUGAGCAGGCCUCCUCCCACUAUAGUUACCCCCCCAGCCCGCCCUCGUCUUCCUACUACAGCUCGGUGGCACCCGGCCCCGGCAGCCUCCCCUCCAGCCAUCUCAACAAGGCUGUGGGCAUGCCUCCUGUGAGCCACUCUAACCUGUACCCAUCUGGUCUGGGGAUGAAGACUCCCAUUGGUGGUCACAAGCGUCUGAUCCCGUCUCCAGAGCCCAGCCCAGAAGGGGGCUACGUGGGACAACACUCCCAGGGCCUGGGGGGCCACUAUGCUGACUCCUACCUGAAACGCAAGCGUGUCUUCUAAUGUAAACCAAUCAAAGCUUCUUGUACGAUUUGCCAAUUAACAGCCAGGAUAUGGCUCUAUUUCCCCCAGGAGCUCCUCCAAUCAGCUUUUAGGUUUUGGGCUUGGCGGUCCAGUGUCUCUCACUUGUGUUCCUGCCAGCGAUUUCUCCCCCCCCCCCUGGAGGGCCCUGGGGUUGCAGCCUGUCGCUAAUCAGGACAUAACAAUGCGUGCCAGUGUAUGGGAGUUUUGAUGUGUUUUUUUUGUGUAAAUAUAUGAUUUCAGUGUGCUUGUAAAUGAAGUUUUAUCCUUUGAUUUUUAAUGUCUUUUUUUCUAUCAGGAAAUCCCUUUGUUUAAAAAUGGGGAGUUACCUUGUACUAUAAGAAAAUAAUUGUAAAAUCUGAUUUCAGGUCUUUUUUUCCUCUGCGUAUUCCCUUCAUUGGUUGGCUGAGCGCUUUUUAUUUAAAUUUUUAUAUUUUGUAUUAGUURUUUCUUCCUGUUGUGAUGGUGUCAACGGGUUUCUAUUUUUAAAAGCUUUUCCUCCCAGUAUUUUUGUAUAUAUUUCAUUAGUUUGAUGGGAWGUUUUUUUUCUUCKCGCUCCUUCCUCCUACAGGGAUUAUGUACUGACUGUCUGGACAGGAUUCAGGCCUUCGAUUCAUGUAGAUCUGUGUAGCAGUACUGCCUUUGUCUUUUGUCCUUUGGAAAAACUGUC